AUCUCCUAUUAAGGCAAUUUGUCCUUUGUUUGAAUAUGUACUUAUUUCUUUUUCUAACUGGGUAUAGUCAUUUUCAUAAUGAGUGGAAUUUACAGGGAUUAAAAGAUUUCCGAUAACAUUCAUGAAUUCGUUUUCAAGUUUAUAUUUAGAAAACAACAUCGCUCAGAAACCAUGGAUUCAUCAGAUAGCAUAACAUAUAACUUCGGCCAAGCGGAAAGAGGCAUUGCUUUAUUGAUACACAAUAAAUAUUUUGAAAGCAAAGAUGGUACGAGAAAUGGAGAUGAACUUGAUCGCAGACAUUUGAAAAAAAUCUUCAAGGAAUUAGGAUUUAAGAUAUUAUCAUUUGAGGAUCAAAAAGCAGACGAGAUGCUUAAAAUAGCAACAGAUAUCGCAAAAGAAGGCGUUCACGAAAAAUCCGACUGUUUUGUGUGUGUUGUAUCUUCUCAUGGUAAUGAAGAGCAAACAAAGUCGGACACUCACCAAGCAUCACUUGAGAGAGAGCAAGAAAUCCUGGGUGUGGAUGGAAAAGGAAUUAAGACCAGUGAUUUAAUUGACAUCUUCAGUGACAAUAAUUGUAAAGGUCUAUGUGGAAAACCAAAAUUCUUUUUUAUCCAGGCUUGUAGGGUCGCAGGAACCAGGAAAAUGGAUGAAGGCUAUCCGAAACAAAAUAUGACUUCAAUAAAAAGUAGACACAUAAAAGACAAAGUGGAUGCUACAGCCAAUGUCACAGAUCUAGACGACUCUUUCGAUCAUGAAAAAGAAUCAGCUGAUGAAGUAUAUGAGGACAUUGAUACAUCGGAUACAGAUGAUGAUGAUGACUUCACAUACUUAAAAGUCAAAUAUCAAAUUACAGAAAAGGAAACACAAAUCCGUCAUGCUUCAUCUUUGACCAAAUCCAAAGUGCUUCGAUCAGAAGGUGCACAUAAAGAAGAAGUAGACGCCAAAGGGACUGAACCAGACGAACAUGUUCCUGUUAUUACAUUGGUCCCAUGUCCAGAGAACACUGUAAUUAUGUUUGCGGCGCUUUCUGGAAAUUAUGCGGUGCGAUCAUCAGGAAAAGGAGGAUGGAUGCUAAAUGAGCUGUACAAAUGUUUAGCAAAAUUUGCAAAAGAUCGAAGAAAGUUAGAGAGAAAAAACUUUUUGGAAAUAUUAACAGAAGUAUUGUCAGGCAUUAGUGAAAAAACAUUUAAUCCUCCUAAGGACAGUAAAGAAUAUCAUUUAAACGGUCACUUCUCACCUGCUUGCUUUGCUCAUUGUCUAACAAAGGAAGUUUACUUUAAGAAAAAAAGUUCUUUACGUAAAAUUAAGCAAGUCAUUUCUAAGACAAAGAAAAAGGUAACAGAAAUGCUUUUGUAAGAUAUAAACAAUAUAUUGUAUAAUUAAAAAAAGAUAAAAAAAAGAAAAAAUUUAAAAACCAAUUGUUCAGAGAACAAUUGAAGGUCUUUCCACAAGUAAAGAUCUAUUUUGAUAAUGAUAUAGGAAAAAUCAGUUAAUAAUGUUAGUUCCUAUGGCUUUAUGAUGUAUUUAUAUGAAUUUAGAGCAAAGGUCAAAAUCUAGGACGUCCUUUUAACCUAUGACCUUGACCUCAAUUUCAAGGUCACAAACCAAGGACCUCAAAUCAAAAGACUAUAGGUCUUAUUUAUAUUUGGUUAAUAUACGUGUAUUUCUAAAUACAAGAGGGGAGAAAACUUCCUUUUACGUUUAAGGUACCCUUGCAAUCAAAAUUUACGUGUAACGACAUGUCACAACAAACAAUUUAGUUAAACUAAUUUGUCGUUAUCUUAUACAGUCUCUGGAAAUAAGAGAGAAUAAGCUAAAUUCAAAAAUUAGAAUAUGACCUUGACCUUUGACCUUGACCUAAUUUUCAUUUUUUUGGACCAAGGACCUCAAAUCAAAAGAUUCUUGGUCUCUAGCACUUAUUGUUUACAAGAUAGAAAUGCUUAUCACUUAUAUCAAAUGCAUAAGGGGAAAUAACUAUCAUAUGGAGCGUUCAUAUCACUUCGGUCAAAAUAGGUCAAAUCAUGCAAAGAAUAUAACGAGCAAUUUUGUAAAAGAAAUUUGUCAUAAUAUUUUACGGUUGCGAAGGAGUUGCGCUCACAAGGAAAACAGUAUUUGGGGAGAUAACUCCUACAAAGAAAAGUAUUCGUUUACGCAGGGUAAAUUUCAAAAGCGCAUAAACUGUUCGAUAUCAUAUACCAAAUAUCUAAGCGACAUAUUGCGAAAUAAAUGUUUAUCGCAACAACAAAAUUAGGCGGAAGAAAAAAAAAAUAAUCAGAAGAAAAACAAUAGGUCUUUCCACAGAAAAGUGGAAAGACCCUUAUAAUCAAGGAAAAACAAAAGGUCUUUCCACGAAAAGUGGAAAGACCUAAUGAGUUUCAUUUGACGGCGUGUCUAAAUAUAUAUAUACAUGUCUAAAUUAAAUGUUGUUAAUAAAUUCUUCUAAAAUCCUUAUCUCAGUCUUAGUCUCACUGUUGCUUGAAGCAAAGGGUCCUGUCUUGAAUGAGAUCUGAAGUCAAGUUCAUGGAAACAGAAUGUAUAGCAGAUUUGUAUAAAGACGGUAUACAUGUACACUUACGGUGACCUAUUCUUGUAAACUUCUAUGUCAUCUAGUCACUGAUGGAGAGUAGUUUCAUUUGCAAUCGUACCAAAUUUUCUUAUUUUUCAUAGUAGAAAUAUUUAUUGGAGACAUAUAGUAUUUGUAGCUCCC